UCUAACUUUAACUGCUGUAAUAAAUGCCAGAGACGUUUCUAUGCUCAGGCUGGCUUAGCUAACUCAGUUAAGCAGCUGUUUUAGCCAGGCACAGUGUUCACUGCAAGUUCGUUGGACUUUAGUAUCGCCUGGUUUAGGAUUACGCAGGGAGGGCAAACAGCGUGAUCUUUAAAGCAUGCGCGCGGACCACCGGCAAUGGAGAUGAGUUGUAGAUCUGCGAAUCGGCGUUGACCAAUGAGGAGGCGGAGUUGUGGAUUUUCAAAUCGCAACGGUCGCCUGAGGUAAACCGUUAACGUUAGUCAGCGGCUCGUUGGUGACCGGACAACUUUGUCUCCGUCUUCUCAGGAACAGGGCCACACAGGAAAGGAAAGUCUUGAAGUGCAGAGAAGUUGUUUUCUACAUUCAUCACAGAUUUGGCUGACCUGCUUGUAGGAGGGGUUGUGAUGCCUCCCAGCAUGCUGCGUUCUGUGGAGAGCUGCUGGUAUUUGGGGACUUUCUUCUGUAAAAUUCACACCAGUCUUGAUGUGACAUUGUGCUCCGUCUCUAUUUUAAACCUGUGUGUAAUUUCUGUAGAUCGUUAUUACGCAGUCUGUCACCCCCUUCUGUACCACAGUAUAAUGACCCCUAAUGCUACUGCGUUUAUGAUUGGUGUAUGCUGGACUGUAUCUGCUUUUGUUGGACUUGGGAUGAUACUUCUAGAGCUCGGUAUUGUGGGAGAUGAAAAAUUUUACUACAACAGGGUUACCUGUGAGGGGGGCUGUAUCUUGUUUCUGAGUAAAACAGCAAGUGCUGUGUUCACAAUGCUCUGUUUCUACAUCCCUGCUGUGAUCAUGAUCGGUUUAUACCUGAAAGUUUUCCAUAUUGCUCAGAGACAAGCAAGAUUAAUUCAGCAUGGCCAAAUGAAGUCUUCUCAGAGAGGUACAGCAGUGGGCAAGACGGAGAUAAAGGCUACCAAAACUUUGGCAGUUAUCGUAGGUGUAUUUCUUCUGUUUUGGGCCCCAUUUUGUGUCUGUUGCUUUGUUGAUCCAUUCAUAGGAAACAUAGUUCCACCAGUUCUGUUCGAUAUAUUUGCUUGGCUGGGUUAUUCUAAUUCUACAUUCAAUCCCAUUGUGUACGCACUGUUUUACAGCUGGUUCAGAAAAUCUUUCAGAGCCAUUCUGUUGGGAAAAAUAUUUCAGCCUAAUUCGUCCCGAAUAAAGUUAUUAUAACUUGCUUUAAGCUUAAUUGACACUUUUUUCAUCUGUUACUCAGAGAACUGGGGCAACAGAAAUAUUAAACUUUCUGUUAAAAAAAAAUCCUUAUUGUUGGAUCAUUGUAAUUAAUUUUGAUUAGAUGCAUAUACGUUAGGUUCUAGCACUGUAAGAACUAACUCUGGUGUAGGUCCCCUGACUAAUUUUGUGACACAGUUGUGACUUGUGAUUUAUAUCUUGACCAAAUUUUGUGUAUUUUUAAAUUCAGUCUUUUAACUGACAUAUAUGGUGGUUUUAAUAGAUGUUUAUAUGCAUUUACGCCAUCAAUAAAGGCCAGUGAGCCACUUACAAAGGC